AUGGUGAACUCCAAGCUUACCUUGCUGGUCUUCGCUAGCUCAGCCCUCUCUGCUGUCGUCCCACGAGAAGAUCCAGAGGCUGGUCAUGACCAUCAGGCAGACCCUGAGUUGCUUCCUCCGUCUGCACCCUGGGGACCACCAGGCUCUGCUCCAUCCAAUGCAGAGCAUCAUUUCCCCGGAUACUCAAUCGGCGAACAUGAACAUGGAGAGUCCGGCUUCUUCCCUCCGCCAGAAUUCACAAUGUCAGCACCACUUCAAGCUGCUGCUACUGGUGCUCCCGGAGCUGGCCCUUUCCCCGAACAACAACAACCACAUUAUCCAACGCCAGCAUCAUUCAAUUCCAUCACACAGCCCAGUAGUGAUGGUCCUGUUCCUCCCUUCGGGUCAGUGCCAACACAAGCGCCUCAGGUGGUAGAUUCGUCUUAUCCAGCGGACACUUCUGGCCAUGCACCACCGGCACCGGGGUCUUCGCACAUUAGACCGCCCCCGCGUCCAUCUGGUGAACCAAUUCGGCCACUGUCCACGUUCACUCAAACCCCACGACCACACCCAAGCAACGGAGCACCUCCCCAGCCUUCUCAAGGUGUUGAAGCUGGUGGCCAUCCACCUUUUGACCACCCUGAGUCAUCUUUUGGUUCAUAUGGUCCGCCUCCAGGUCCUCCACAUGCUAUCCCCACGGAACCAGCCAAGCCCAGCGAAGACGCCCACCCUAAAGAGCCAACUGGCGAUACUGAAGGCCCAGGUCCAAAGCAUGCCUAUGGUGGGCCUCCACCUCCCUUCCAAGAAGGCUCUGGAGAACCACCUCACCCAUCUGGUCCAGAAGGACAGCCGCCUCAUCCUGGCCCCGAUGGGCCACCAGGAGGACCACCGGGAGAACCCCCUCAUUCACUCCAGCCAGAGUGGCAACAACCGCACCCUGAAGGACAAUCGCCUCAUUCUGGUGGAGCCCCUCCCCCUCAGACAGACCUUGGAGAAACUCCUCACCCAUCUGGUUCAGAAGGACAACCCCCUCACCCUGGGCCUGGUGGACCGCCGGGGAAAACUCCUCACUUGCCUCAACCAGAGGAACAACAACCUCAUCCAGAAGGACAGCCACCUCAUUCUUAUGGUGGGCCUCCUCCAUCUCAACCAGAAGGCCAUCCUGCAGAACUUGGUGAUCAUCAAGGAGGACCACCGUGUCCCUAUGCGGCGGAGCAUGGUCGACCACCUUUCGGUGAAGAGCCCUCCGGUUCUCCCGCAGGUCCAAGAGAGCAAGGCAGUGGAUCGCCUCCCUUCCACGUUGGUAUUCCUGAGCAACACAACCCUCACCCCAUUGGCGAGCUAGCAGAGGACCAUGGUGAUCAUCCUAUGCCUCCUCAUGCCAUGCCAGAGGGCGAGCCCCCAUGCCCAGAAGAACACCCGGAGCCUCCGCACAAUCCCCAUUCGUCGCUGCCUGUUUUGGGACUCGCAUCCUCGGGAAAAUCGGCACCCGGACCAGGCGCACCUUCAGGUGGAAAGCCUGGAUCUAGAGAAUUCGAAAAACCUCACAGCUCAAGCGUUGCAGCUCCAUCGCGCUCUCCAUUGCCCUCAAAAGCUUCUAUGACAAAGCAGUCGCCGCCACAGCCAGCCCAGCCAACCCAGCCAACACAGAAAACCACUGGUGCUCCUAGUCCAAAGCAAUCGCCUGCCCAGUUCUCUAGCAAUGCCGUCAUGUCGAAGAAGGCUAUUUCCACUGGCUUGGCUGGUGUGGUUAUUGGGCUCCUUCUAGCUCUUCAGGAUUUUGAGAAACGACAAGACUCCGAGACCACAUGUAGUGUCAACAUUUUUGGACCGCCACGAAUUGCUAAGAGACUGUACGGUGCAUGUAUGAGGAAUUUCUUGUUUCUUCAAGCGUUUCUAUUUGAGAUGUUUACCCUGCUCGCCCUUGCAGGCUCCCGGGCACAAGCUACUCCGGUGGCAAGGGCAUCUGGAUUUUCCUCUGUUUGCAGCGACAUCAGCCUGGACAGCCAUUUUUGGCUCCAUGCAACUUGCCCGGAUGACUCUGGUGCCUCGGUAAACAGUACCGUAUACUUGCCCCUGUGGAUUGAGAAUGAUCAAGGAAAGUUGGCCUGGAAAGACGAUGGCAAUUUUGAGUAUUACUGCUCCGACUACGCCUUGCUUAAUAGCGGUAGUACUCUUGAGGCUUAUUGCCAGGGCACUUUCAGAAACCAAAGCGGCAACUCAACCCUGGACCUUGAGGAACACAUCGCAAACUACAAUGGCCACUUGCUUUCCGACUUGGAUGGCAGUCCGGACACGCCCACCAGCUCGUCUACUGUCCCUGUUCCCGCAGACCCUUCCCUGGACAUUACAUUCUCCUCGGAUAAUACUAACUGUGAGAACGGAAUUGCAUGGCCUACCACUGGCCCUGAAGAUUGCUGGUCCUUUACUUACGCCACUGGACGCGCCACGCCCUUUGACUCUAUCCAGAUAACCACCAACCCAGGCUGGUCGAUUGAAGGAUACAACGCGUCAGACUGCUCGGGAACUCCAUCGUGGACAGCUUCUUCGAACGAUAACCAGUGCGUGGCAUUCAAUAACGGAAGUCUCGCGUACUUCAAAAUGACCCCCUUGUGGAACUGGGACUGA